GGCACGCCAGUCCAUUUCGAACCAUCGUUGUGGCUGCACGACGCACGAACCUUUGCCUCGACGCGCGAAAAUUUAAGAAAAAACUUGACGCUGCGAAAAGUUUUAAAAAAGGAACGUUAUUACAGUUCUGUUGCUAUUUGUUAUUAUAACUCUAUGAACUUAAUAUUUUAGUUUCGACAUUACAUUUUGGUUUAUAAACAUAAAAGUUUCGUGUUGUUUUAUUGAAAAGUUUAAUUGCUGAAUUUGAAUGUUUUAACAAAUGGGCUUUUCGCAACGGUACGAAGCAGUAGUUUAAGUUGAAUCUCGAUCUAGAUAACUUUCUACUAACAGAAGAAACGAUGGCUGAUUUAUGAAACGAUUGAACAACCAAUACGUAAACUAUCUGUACAAACAGUAUGAAAACUAUUGAACCAUUGCAAAUAAGAAAGAAAAGCCACAAAAAGUAUCAACCUUACAACCAUGAGAGCAUCAAUAACAAACCUAAACGGGUUAUGAUGGUAAUUUAGCUUGAACGAAAAACUAUGCAGGACGUAUGGUCUUCGAACGAAACAUCUUUGUACAACGACAAUAUCACAGUCUUCGGUAAUACUACUGAAGAUGACAAUAUCACAGCACUUGAUCCCAUCGAGGAUAAAGCGAUUCAAGCGGCAUUUUGUACAGCGUACACGAUUAUUUUCAUAGUUGGCAUCUUCGGUAAUGCUCUUGUUUGCUAUGCUGUAAUCAGAAACCGAGCCAUGCAAACUGUCACUAAUCUAUUUAUCACGAACCUGGCCUUGUCUGAUAUAUUGUUAUGUGUAUUUGCGGUCCCAUUUACUCCUCUUUACACUUUCUUAGGUAGAUGGGUCUUCGGUGGCCUGUUAUGCCAUAUCAUGCCCUACGCUCAAGGCUGCAGUGUCUACAUUUCCACUUUAACGCUCACAUCAAUUGCCAUAGAUAGAUUCUUUGUCAUAAUAUACCCAUUCAAACCCCGAAUGAAAAUAAAAACGUGUAUCGGUCUUAUCAUCUUUAUUUGGGUGUUCGCUUUAUCAGUGACAUUUCCUUACGGUUAUUACAUGACCCUUCAAGAUGUCUAUUGUGCUGAAAAGUGGCCAUCAGAUCAAUUCCGAAAAGCUUUCGGUGCCGUGACAACGAUCAUGCAAUUUGUAGUCCCCUUUAUAGUAAUGGCUUUCUGUUACACUUGUGUGAGUAUAAAAUUAAACGAUCGCCUCAAAUCUAGACCCGGUAGUAAAAAUAGUAAAAAGGAAGAUGCUGAAAGAGAAAGAAAACGAAGAACAAACAGAAUGCUUAUAGCAAUGGUAGCGAUAUUUGGCCUGUCGUGGUUACCAUUGAAUUUGAUAAACAUAAGUAGUGACUUUUAUUCCUUAGCCGAAGAUUGGAAAUAUUACAUGAUCUUAUUUUUCGUUGCACAUUUUAUUGCAAUGUCUUCCACGUGUUAUAAUCCUUUUCUCUAUGCAUGGCUAAACGAGAAUUUCCGUAAGGAGUUUAAGCAAAUUCUUCCUUGUUUAGGGGCAUUAGUUACAAAAAAGUCUAAGAGAAAUUUUAAUCAAUCAGAAAGAACUGGAAUGUAUCGCUCAGAAAAGACAUGCAAUGGGAAUGAUACUAUUCAAGAAUCGCUAUUAACUUCUGUAACAAAACCUACUGUAAGAUAUAAUAUAGAAUAUAAUAAUGACAAGUUAAAAGUUUACGAAGACGAAGCCGAGAAUAUAAGUCCUGAUGAAAAGCCAGAGGACAAUCCAAGUCCGAAUGAAGACUGUGUAAAAAUGUAUAUGUUUGUUGAUAAAUCUGUAGUUACAUCGGAUAAAGAGCCAAUUGUAUCGGCACUUUAAUAUUGAGGUACCAUUACCAUCACUGCAUUUACGUAUAGUUUAUAUAUAUAUUUACGUAUAAUUUAAAUAAAAGUGUAAUUAAUAAACGUAAAAAAUAAAAAGCUUUAAGCAAAUAGUUUAUUAAAUAUAUAAUUAUGAAAAUGUAUAAAAUCCUUUUAAUAUGUACCAAAAAGAUGUUAAUAAAAAAUGAAAUAUUGUAAUUUAAAUUUGUAAAUUUUCCUAGAAAAACGUAUAAUUUUAUAGACCCUUACAUUAUUAAUUGUAAGAGAAAUUAUAAAACUUGUAAAUAUUGAUGUAUCAUUAAUAAUAUUAUUACUGGUGUAAAUAAAUUAAUAGAAAAGCAUUUACGUCAAUUAUGUUCUUUAGAACGUUGAGCCCAUUGACGAAAUUGUUUUUCUCGCAGUUUAACUUUAAGAUUAAAUAAAUAGUUUGUUUUUAAUAUAUUUUAAGCCAAUCCUAUAUGUGGAGAGAGUGUGAAGUGUAAAAUGCCUUGUAACUGUAUGUCAAUGUAAGAAACUUGUGCAAUUUGCUGUCAUUAAUUAUAAUAAACUGUACCAAAGAA